AUGGAUGCAUCAUCUCCCAAGGCCGUCCCGUCGCCCAGCGCGGUGGGCAAGUCUGCUGUAGUUGCUCAGCAGGACAACGUGGCGACUGAGACUCCGAAAAGUGUCCAGCAGGACAACAUGGCGGAAGCGACUUCAGAGCGUGUUCAUUAUUCCAAACUGACGGUUGUAUCUACUGAGACGGCACAACGCAAGAACAUCAAGGUCGAAGAAGCUUCGGGUGCGUGUACCGAGAUGCCAUGGAGAAAGAAGAUGAAGAUGGAGGGAGUACCGGAUAUGUCCAUCACCGGUGAACUCGGUGGAUCCAUUGUCACGGUGCUGGUAGGCAUCGAACGAUGUUUGUUUCAGCUUCACCAGCAACUCCUCGCUCCAAUGUCGCCCAAACUUGUCAUCAAGCCCGGAGAGCAAGUGGACUUACCCGACGAGGAUCCGGCUGCUUUCAACCUGCUUGUCAACUGGUUGUUCAAUAGGCCUCUGCCCCGAGUCGAUGACCUCCGCCGUGACACACUAUCAUCCGACCCCUUGAGCUUUCCCAGCCCAAAUCCCAACGAACCUGCUUCUUCUACCAUCUCCUCUCCCAUGAAGUCCCUCUUCUCUACGCCCGAAGCCUCUCUCUUCACCUCGGUCGUCCUCGAGGAGCGGAGCCAUCUAUCCAGUCAAGAUUCAUUUCAACAUAUCUGUAUGCUGCCUAACUGGGAGUCCUUCUCUCCCGAGGAGCUACGUCUUGCCUACUCUGCAUGGUCCCAACCCUCAACCAACCCGACAGCGCGUGGAGAUGAAAGUAUACUCCCGGCCAAGAGAUCAAGGGAGACGUCUCCAGAUGGACCAACUUCAACCUCCAUCCCCGGACGCACGGUCCCUGAUGCUGCUGCCGAGUCAGAAAACCGACAGGUAACCCUCUUACGCCUCCUGAUCAUGGCCGAUAAGUAUGAAUGGGAAAAACUCUACAACGACACUAUGGACGCUUUUCGCUCUGGGGAAAAGAGCUUGGAGCGCCGUCACGCAUCCUUAGAUCACCUGGAACUGGUCUUUACGCGUUGUCCCCAGACUUCCUUCAUCCAGGAGUUCUUGAUCCAGUAUGCCUUCUACACGGGCGUGAAGUACGGAGAGAUGUCCCAGUACAAACCGGUCAUUGCCAAGUUUCCGCACUUCGCAACGGCGAUCAUGGCAAAGCUCGAUGACCAGUCUCAACAAUACGGAUUUCCGAGGGAAGUAGACGGGCAUGUGAGCUUCAGGUUAGAGGGCGAUGUACUGGACUCGCCCUCGGUUACGUACCACGUUCAUGACGGAGCGCGCAAAGUCGAAUGUCAUCGAGAGCCUCAACAGCAGAGGACAUGA